UCAAUUGAACAAACUAUUUUAGUUGGUUAGAAGCAAAAAAGGAAAGACUUUUAUCCAUUUCCGUUCAGAUAACGGAUGCUAACAAAACGAAAUCCACAAUAACUUCCAUACCAGAACACAGUUCAACUUACUAAAACUUGGCAACACUGGGCAUGUCAGAGUCAGCUGUUUACAUGUAUUGCAGUUUAUUUAUUUAUAAGUACAAUAUACGCAUUUAAUCAUAUAAAGUUGUAUUAAUUGUGGUCAUAGUUUAUUAUUAAAAAAUAAAAUGAGUGAACCACCUACUCCUAGCACACCAGGUAGCCAGGCGCUUGUAAAUAUCAAAGAGCGUGAUAAAAGUUUGCAGCAAUUCAAAUUGCCUGUAGCAGGAGCAGUGCGCAAGAAAACCAAACAAAAAAUACUAACAGAGGAAAUGUAUAUUGAAGAGCUUUCGAAAAUAAUUCAACGCGAUUUCUUUCCACAUUUGGAUAAAUUGCGUGCUCAAAAUGAUUAUUUAGACGCAAUGGAGCGUAAAGAUUUCGAACAAAUGGAAGCUAUACGUGCAAAGUACAGUGGACGUCGACCUACCGACAGGGGUUCAAUGUCGCCAGCUACAUUUGAAACACCCGCAAGUGCAAACGGUAAUUUAACACCGCGUAAUAGUGUUAGUGCUCCUUCGGACACGCCAAAGUCCACCACAUCAAGUUCCUCAAAACCAUCUACAGCAGAAAGUGGCCAAAAGUCUAUAUCGGACAAACACUCGUUGGAUUCAUUUUUACAGCAUUACACGAGCGAAGAUAAUUAUAGUUUCCAGGAAAUCAUUGAUACCGCUGAUGAAAAACUGCGUCAAAAGUUUUCUGUGCUGUAUAACGAGGAAAAAUUGUCUGCCGAUAAAUUAGCGCGCGCGCUAACUUUACCUUCCAUUGAGAAACAAUUUGAAGAACCAGAUCCUUUACGGAAGAUUGAAACUUGGACAUAUACAAAUAAAAACUCCAUUAUGUACAUACCCGAUGGUGUAGAACUCACCGAGAAGGAACGCGUGGAAGCGGCAAAACGUCGUGAGAUAAUAAAACACAAUGCGACAAGACUUAAUUGUAAUCCGUUCGUGGAAACUUCAAUACCAAAAGAUGAUACUAAUUUGGCAAAGAGUCAAUCACAAGCACUAAUGAAUAAAAUCGGCCUAGAUGGAAAUGUGAUAACACAAGGCAACGAUACUGAGGGUCCCCUUGUGCGUGGUUUCAACUUAAUAAAAACACCAUCACCUCGUCCCGGUGAAGCAUUCUCUCCGCUCAUGACCUGGGGUGAAAUCGAAGGUACACCGUUUCGUCUUGAUGGUUCCGAUACACCAGUACGACCGAAUGUAGGUCCAGCUUUCACAAUCACAGAAAAUUCGCGACGAGAAAAUAUUGCACUCGCAUUAGCAGAAAAAGUUGGUGAAAAAAUGCGUGCACAAAAACAAAGAGCAGCUGAUACAGCACGAAAAAAUAUAAAUUCACCAUUUAUACGUUCAAAUAUGGAACGUUUGGCUUCAAUGUCACCGGCCGCAAGACGCUUAGCUACAUCUAAACUGGGUUUGUCGGCAACACCACUUAUGCCCACACCAAGACUUACACCGGGCGAACGUAUAAGGAAAGGUGCCAAAGUAACGCCGAAAGCUUUAAAUAACCUACGCAAAACACCCUCAAGUAGCGGCGCCAGUCAUACAAACUCAGCGCCCAGCACGCCGAAACAAAUCAGUAGCGGCAAAUCAACACUUACAGAUGAUUUACUUAAAAUUCCAACAAAGCGGUUGCGGGCCUCUGAUUUCUUCUAGAUUUACAUACUACAGAGUACGUGGAAAAUGAUAAGCGCACAGAGGUGUUAAAGUAGUAGUAUAUGUAUGCAUAUAUGUUAAAAACAAAAAAAUUAAGCUAAUAAAAAAUAGUUUACAAUCAUUUUAAA